GUUUAGCUAGGUUUAUGUUCGGCUUGUUUCAUAUACACGAUAAUGCCUAACCUUGGCAGAGCGUCGAAUAUGGAAGAGUUGAGACGAAAUCGAGUCCUGGAAAAUUUGGAGCAACUUAAAAGCCUGACAUCCAUUGUACCUGAAAAGGAAGAAAUUAUUAAGCGAAGCUACGGAAUUGUCGACAAAGUGCGGCCGAGGUCACAGAGGAAACAAAGUUUGGAUCUCCGCUUUUGUAAACCGAAAACCGAAUCUGCAAAGGAGCAUGAAGAAACGGCAGCCGCAAACAAGAAAACAUUUUCCACCAGUCGGAUUAAAAAGUCGAAAAUCAUUUCACUUCAGUAUUCGGACACCGAGGGUGAAUGGCUGAGCAGCGGUGAGGAAUGGACGCCAGAGAAUGAUGCGCUAGAUUCCAAAACUCGGCACACUGCUCGGCGGUCAUGCAAGCCUAUACAAGACUCUUCCUCUGAAUCCUUGGCGCUACGUCACCGAUCUGCAAUUGGAGCAGUGAUGGCGCCUGCUGUUUCUGAACAAGAUCGGCGCUACCCUUUUCGUAUGAAAAAGCAGCCGAACUAUUCAGUAUCCGUCCAAAUUCCUGAGGACGACAGAUUCCUUUAUUGUUAUGAGUGUGGUAGCAGCAUAGCUGAUGGAUGUACCAAGCAUCCCGUGGAUUGGGUUGAGAAUAGACCUUUAAAUGUAUGCGAGGGGACAAAGGACAAGCUUGUACUGUUUCAAACACAGAAAUGCGUCUGCGAUAGACAGUACUACCUUCACACCGCCAACACAGCUCCUAGAGAUUGGGUGUACGUUGCCCCAUCGGCAAUACCUGGUGCUGGUUUUGGCGUUUGGUGCAAUAGGGAUAUCAAGUGCGGUACAACGUUUGGCCCUUAUGACGGCGAAUUCGUUGCUCUAGACGAAAUAAAGGAAGACGAAUUUGCCAGAAGAUCCCGAGGUGGAUAUGCAUGGCUGGUAAGGAGCAAUAUCUUCGGUGUCAAAAGCCACCUUAUUGAUGCUCGCAAUCCGUUGAGAUCAAAUUGGCUCCGGUUUGUCAACUGUGCGCGCUGUGAUGAAGAGCAAAACAUUGUCACUAUUCAGUACAGAGGAAAAAUCUACUACCGGGCUUGUCAAGAUAUCCCUAGGGGCCGCGAAUUGCUGACCUACUACGGCGCCGAGUUUGCUGCUGAAUUGGAAUUGUUAGCGGAUACCCCACAAAACAAAAUCGGCUUGUCAGACAAGAGACAACAGCGAGACCACACCUGUGAGUACUGCGACAAAUCUUUUGCACGGAAGGGUAACCUCCAACGGCACGUAACCGCGAUCCACUUGAAACAGCGACACCACACCUGUGAGUACUGCGACAAAUCUUUUGCACUGAAGAGUGACCUCCAACGGCACGCAACCGCGAUCCACUUGAAACAACGAGAUCACACCUGUGAGUACUGCGACAAGUCUUUUACACAGAAGGGUAACCUCCAACAGCACGUAACCGCUGUCCACUUGAAGCAAAAGGCACACAUCUGUGAGUACUGCGACAAAUCUUUUGCACUGAAGGGUCCCCUCCAACGGCACGUAACCGCGAUCCACUUGAUAGGGAACCACCUUAUGAACAGAAUGAUGACGAAUUCUCGGCCAGGAUCUUCGACUAAUUGUCCACGCGCGAAGUAUUGUGGGGUGCAACAUGAGCGGAUCGGCCCGACCAUCACCCAGCGGUUGCUAGAUGAAGAUAUCUAGGUUGUGAGUUGAUGGUAAAAUCAAAGUAACAACGGUCAGUUAUCUGCCAGAAAGUAGUCUUUAAAGAAUUCCUGG